GGGUGUCGCUCGAGCACUACACAAUGAUCACACGAGACGAGGAAGCCUGCGGUUCAGCGGAAACACAAUCGAUCUAUGAAAGUCCCGUUUGCUCUCGUUUGGUUUCAGACGCUCAGGGUUAACGCUUGGAUUAGGAUUAGGCUCUUGGUGGAUAAUAAUGUGCCAGUGUUUAAUCUGUGUGCGCGCGGGCGCCGCGGUUUGCUGAGCCUCUCCGGUCCCGUUGAUCUAAUGGAGGGCGCGAGAAUCGAGCCAAAUCCGCUACCCGAGACCCCGCUGUGUGAGACAUGGUGACAGAUGAACAUCACGGGAAGGACCAUGGCUGAGCGGGCCAGCAAAUUCGUGCUGAUCAUCGUUGGCUCCGUGUUCUUCAUGCUCAUUCUGUACCAGUACGUCGCGCCUGGUGCGAUAAACUUCGGCUCGCCGGCGCAUGGUUACCUCCCCGAGGAGGACAUGACCAUCUUCCCGACGCCGGAUCCGCACUAUGUGAAAAAGUACUACUUCCCGGUGAAGGAUUUGGAGCGAAGUGUGGACUUCGAGAUCAAGGGCGAGGACGUGAUCGUGUUCCUGCAUAUCCAGAAAACAGGCGGCACGACAUUCGGACGGCACCUGGUACAAAACGUGCGGCUGGAGGUGCCGUGCGACUGCAGACCGGGCCAGAAAAAGUGCACUUGCUACCGACCGAACCGCAAGGAAACGUGGCUCUUCUCACGCUUUUCUACCGGCUGGAGCUGCGGCUUGCACGCGGACUGGACCGAACUGACCAACUGCGUUCCCGGAGUCCUCAACAGGAAGGAGAGCAAGACAAAGAAACUGAGGAAGUUCUACUAUAUCACACUUCUUCGGGACCCAGUGUCAAGAUAUCUAAGUGAGUGGCGCCAUGUGCAACGAGGCGCCACAUGGAAGACGUCACUACACAUGUGUGACGGCCGCACACCCACACCUGAGGAGCUUCCUGCCUGCUACGAAGGCGCAGACUGGUCAGGCUGCACUCUCCAGCAGUUCAUGGAGUGCCCAUACAACCUGGCCAACAACCGUCAGGUGCGCAUGUUGGCUGAUCUGAGUCUGGUAGGUUGCUACAAUGCAUCCACGCUGCCUGAGAAGCAGCGUGCCCGUCUCCUACUCGAGUCAGCUAAGAAGAACCUGCGUGACAUGGCCUUCUUUGGGCUCACAGAGUUUCAGCGCAAAACGCAGUACCUGUUUGAGCGAACCUUCCGUCUCCGCUUCAUCCGGCCAUUCGUACAGUACAACAGUACGCGUGCUGCCGGUGUUGACCUGGAUGAGAGCACCGUACGACACAUUGAGGAGCUUAAUGAGCUAGACAUGCAACUCUAUGACUACGCAAAGGACCUGUUCCUUCAGCGUUACCAGUACACACACAUACUGGAGAGGCGUGAACAAAGAAUGAUGUUCCGAAAUAAGGGUUCUUUCCACAGCCUGGCACGGGAGGAGGGGGCUGGGGGAGAGGGCACAGCUCGGCUGCCCACUGAGGACUACAUGAACCAGAUUGUUAGUGGAUGGUAGCCCAGGAGAUCUCUCUUUAAAAAGAAAGAGAGACACAAAGACAGCUUAUGGGUGGAUAACCCAUAAUUUCUCCAACCUUUGGAGAAAUAAAGUGGUUAUCAUGGACUCUUUUUUUCCCCCCAGAAAUCUUUAAAGAAUAAGAUGCAAAGGAAACCAGAGAAAGAUAUUGAGCAGAGGACGUGGCCUUUUCCAACAGAAGCGAUCAUUAUGGGCAUUCUCUCUCUUUUCCCCAGGAAUCUUUAAAGCGAGAGAUGCAUAAUGAGAGCACUAAGAAAUGGUUGGCGAAGGAGCCAUUUCUAUUUCAGCUCUUGCAAAAAGAUAGGGAUCAUUAUGGACCCUUUCUCUCGAUUCUCCCAGAAAUCUUUGAAAAGACAGAAAAAUGCAGAGGCAGAGAAACGGCAAAGAUCAUGGGUAAAGGAGUCAUCUCUUCCUCAGCUCAUAGACAGAGAGGAAUCAUUGUAAGCGCUCUGUAUUUCCCCCACAAAUAAAGUAUAGUUUGAGCCAGACCUACAACAGAUAGUAGUUCUUGAUGCAGCUAGGGUUUUAGAGUGCACUUUUCUGGACGGGUGAGCACCCUUCCAUAAAGCCCAGACCUAAAUGACUUAUUGUAAAUGCUUAAUACAAUUCAACCAGUCAAGCAUUGUUUCAGUGAGCUACAACAUAAUUCUACAAAGCUUAGUUUUGUAUAAGAAUGAGAAAAAAAAAUUUGUGAAUAAAAUCAAUUGUCUUAGGAAAGUCAUUCAAAUAUCGGGGAUAUUCAGAAUGUUUUAUAUUCUGUGUAUAAAUCUUAAGUUUCUCUUUUUUUUGGUAAACUGAUGUGAAGUGCAGAGACUGAAAAUUUCCACGAGAUUAUUACUAACAGAUGCUGUGACUGAGUUUGUUUUAAGAGAGAUAUAUGUUAAUAUAUAAUACAGACAUGGCCUUGUUUUUCCAGCAUAUGUUUCUACCAUUGUAUGUGCUGACUGUAAGUGCUCAGCCUCUCUGGGUACAGCAUUUUAUCCAUCAGUUUCAUGGAGACCUUCCUGGGAAGACAUGAUCACACCAUGAAGAAACAAGGUAAUGUCGUGGUUCCAUCUACAAUCUCAACUGCUUAUAAGAAUAGUACCAGAAAAUAGGGCACAAGAUAAACAGACACAACACCUUUUUUUUUUUUUUUUGGAAAAGCAUGCUUUAAACACGUGUGUGACUGAAAAUGUGUCUGACUGACAUAUGUGUCUAUGCGUGUGUGUGCGUGCGUGCGUGCGUGUGUGUGUGUGCACUGAUAGCUUUAUUUCUUUCUGUUAAAUGAAAGUACAACAUGAACGAUCCAAUAUCUCAGUCCCUGCAAUUUGGCUUUAUCUUAAAGACUCUAUAUUGUAUGCCCCUCUCUCAUUCCAUGCAUUCAAACUGAAUAACACAAGCAAUUACUGAGAUGGUUGGAUCCUGUGCAGAAACAUGAGGUGGCACUUUGUAAUUGUCCCUGUCAAUCCUCCAUGAAAGCAUACUUACCUUAAAUAAUAAGCGAGUGUGGAAAUAUGUAGCGUGUGUGUAUGUGUGUACAGUUCUAUAUUUGUGUGAGAGAGCAUUUUAAUAUGAGGCAUUUUAAAUAUGUCUCCCCUUUGUUUUCCAUUCAUAAUCUAUAUUGUUGUACUGUAUUAGUACUUCUGUUAUGCUAAAUUGAUCUUAAA